UCUGGAGUAUUACACGGUGGGUGAAUCGAUUAACCACCUGGCAUCAGGUGAAUACAGAGGACAGACAGUUAAAGUCCUGGAAUUAUUGAUCAACAUCCUGGUGGAAGCGAUACGCCCAACCAACAAAAGUGCCUAUUGACGGUCACAACAUGAGUGAACAAUCGGAGAAUGUGAAUUCUGAGGCAACACCCAUGUAUCAAUCCUCCGAUCCACAUUUGGUUUGGCAUGAAGGAUGGGAUGAAGAAACAGAAGAUAUCGGUUUUGUCGCUACCUGGUCAUCAGGAUAUCAAAGGGAUAGUUUGUCCCGAUUGAAUUCUUUACUGAUUUGGCCUGAUAAAGUGGAGGCUGUUGGUCCCCGAAUUAAAGUGAUCAAUGACCAGACGAAAUUUUGUUCCGCACAUCUUAUUGAAGAAGUUCUAAAUUACAAGAAUCAACUGGAUAAAAUUCCUGUUGGCAAGUAUCGUUCAAGUCUUGAACAAGCUGGUCUCUAUCAAUCGAUUAGAGGUGGAAUUGUGAAUAGCUGGUACAAAGUAAUAAUGGCUUGUAUCGACAGUGUACUCAAUGGAAUGUUUACAAGUGCUGCUAAUGAGGAUGAUAUUUUAUACUUCGCGGAUGUUUCCUCAGCAUCCUGUGGCUUUUCAGAAUAUAUUUUAUGGAUAUAUUUUCCCUUGGAUUUGCCUGAUUCCCCAUGGAACUAUCUGUUCAAUAAUGAUGAUGAUCGCAGUUGUAGCAGCUCGAAUUCAAGUGAGCCGCCAAUACUUUCUACCAAGGGAUUCUGGUUUACCUCGUCCAAUGCUGCAGAAAAAAAGGAUAGUGAUGUUGCUCCAAUGGUAGCCCGCAUGCCAUACUACGGUGAUAUCACGAAAUGGGUUGAUUUGGAGUCGUUCGCUUCCUUGAUUAGUCGUGGUUCGAACGGUGUUGGUGUCCAUAUAGUGUUUGCAACUCAGGGUGUAUCUGUUGAUGAAUUGCGUGUUACUGACAAUAUUCAGAGUAAACAUACUUUGGUGUGUCAGUGUUUGUGCGCUCUGACAAUUUUAAGAUCGAGUGGUCAUUUUCUAAUGGGAUUAUUCGAUACGCUCACUGAGUUCACUGCUGGUCUUAUCUAUAUAAUGGGACAUUUAUUUGAAGAGAUUUUCAUCAUUAAACCUAUAGCUUCCGAUCAAUUAAAUCCCAUAAGAUUUUUGGUAUGCAAAAGUCUACGAACGGAACUGACUUCGAUGGCUGGCUGCAAGCCAGCUUCACCACCACCACCUCGAGUGAACUAUGAUCGUGAAUGUGUGAGCAAGCAUCAGAAGACAGUUGCUGGUGGUUCACAGAAGUCACACGAAUUUGAAGUCUGUGAAAAUGAAGCCAUAACAAAGCGAAUAAUGAUGAAGACUACAACAGGGACACAUCGAAAUGACAAUGGAGCUAAUGAUCACUACGACGAGAAAAAAUCACAUUUGAAUUAUGAUAAAUCAAAUAACACAAAUAAGUCAACUCCACUUUCACUUGUCAUCAAGUAUCUGAAACAAGUCAAUGAAAAAUUCAAAUAUAUAAUGACAUCAAGGGAUUGUAAGAUUGAUAUAUUAAGAAUGUGUCGGAGUGAAAUUAUGGAAAGUGAUGACAAGUUCAUGCGUUUCAUGCGAAAUAUGAAUGAAGAAAUUAUAAUUCGUCAGUGUAUCACGAUGUCUAAAGUGAUCGCAUAUGCACAAGAUCCACCUCCUCGAUACGCUAGGCAAAAUAUUUCUGCAGCUUUAUGGAUACUCAUAUGGAAUGAAUCAUUAAAACCACUACCUGCUGAAUAUCAUCCAUCUAUGCGACUGACUUCACUGAGGAAAACGGAUGAUAUAAUGAAUAAGUUGAUGAGCUUUACUGGGCGUCGAAUUGGAUUGGUUUGCGGCAGCCCAUCAUUGACUUCAACAGGUGCACCUGCUCAACCAAUGUUGAUUUUCUCACGCGGAAGGAAGAAUUACCCUAAGGUUGAGAUAUGUACUGUGGAUGGGCAUGAAUGCGCGAAUUUACGUGAACUGAUACCAGGAUUACAACCUCGACUCCCAAAUGCGACGUUGGUCUGGGGACAAGCAAUUAAUGAGAUUUCUUUGAAGACUGGAUCAGAAAAACCCGCACUAUUUGUUUACGAUGUCCUUUGGAUAUGUGGUCGUGAUUGUCGUCAAAUGGGUUAUCGAAAUCGGAUGAAACUUGCAGAGCGGAUGGUGAAUGUAGUCAAUUUUCCUGAUAUGAAAGCAUCGAAUAUUCGUGUUCCACCGUUGAUGAAUUUAUCACGACUCGAAGAUUACAUGAAUAGACUUCGUCUUGUCCUUACAGGAAAGUCUGGGAAACUUGUUCCAAUGCAUUGUUUCCCUGAUGGUUUCGCAUUCCAACCACACUCUUUAUUGUUAGUUGAACAUUUGAAAAAGAAUUGGUUAGAAACAGUUAAUCAAAAUACUGGUAAACUUCAGUACUUCAAUCGACUCACUUUAGAGUGUACUUCUCAUUUACCUGAUAGUGAACAGCUAACAUUUGCUGAAACACAGUACACGCAAUUACCUUGGGAAACAGAAGAGGAGAAUCGCACGGAUGUCAUGGCUUUUCUCGGACAAAUUGAAAAGAUGAAGUUUCUCAGCAGACGAAAUAAUUAUUGAUUGAUUAUUUUGUAACGCAAAUUGGAUUGAAUUUCAUCUCAGAUAAUACACAUAUGGAUUCAUUUCCUACACAGAGUAAUUUGUCACAAUAUAAAUAGAGAAGUUUAUAUUGAAAAAAAAAAAGAUUUUCUAUUUUUGCUUUUAAUUUUGAUGAUUUCACGAAAGGCGAAUCUUCAUCUCGCCACCUGACACUGGAAUCCAGAAUGUGCAAGCAUGUUGUCGUAAUUUAGAUUCAUCGGUUAUAUCUAAAUAUCUGUCAGCAAUCUGGAUUUCAAUGAAAGUCAUCAUUUCUCUAGAGGAAUCAUAUGUAAGAAUGAAUACAAAAGGAUUGAAAGAGUAAAUAUUCACUUUUCAAUUAGAUCCUCAUAUAUCUAUGGUCAGCCUGCAAAAUUUGGGCUACCGAUAUCACAUGCUGAAAAUUCCAUACUUGUACCAAAAUACAGUGUGGAAUCAAGCUGUAAUCAAAAAUAAAAAUAAAUAUGGUUAUACUCCAAUAGACAUACAGUUUUUCUAUUUUCCAAUAAAUGGAAAACAUUUCCAGUCAAUUAGAAUCAGGCACAACGCUAUCACAAAGAUGUACACUGGACACCAGUGAAAUAAUUAAGAGCUUGAAAUUCUGUCGUCUAGAAAGUAAUUAUUUUGCAUUUAAAGGAAUUUAUGUAGACAGAAAAUGAUGUUGCUAUGAGUUCACCAGUCUUCCCAAUAGUCGCUGAUCUGUUCAUGAAUAAAUUCGAAGAUAACAUCUUUUCAAGUAUAUCGACUCCUUAGUUAUGUAGAUGAUACUUUUGUAGUGGUAAAAUGAGAUCUACACACAGUUCAUUCCUGGAGAAAACAAACAGUCUAUCUCCCAGAAUCCAUUUUAUUUUGGAAGCAGAAUCAAACGUUGGCGAACUACUAUUUCUAGACAACCUGACUAGUUAAGAAGGGGGGAAAAUGGACAUUUGAGGGUAUCUAUAUAUUCAGGAAGAAAACACACUCCAAUAAAUAUUUAGACUUCGAAUCAUCACAUCCCAUGAGUGCAAAGAUUUCAGUUGUUUCAAGUCUUCUUAGACCAACCCACUCUUUGAUGCUAACGGAUAAGAAAGAAAAAGAUGAAGAAAUAUCAAACAUUACUGAAACUCUCAAGAAAAAAAAAACUUCUACCCAAAGAACUUCAUCAACAAAAUCAACACUGACAUUGGAUAUGGUUGAAAACGUGUUUUGAAAACAUGAACAUCAACAGUUGUCAUUCCAUAUAGAGCGGAGAGGUCAGACAAUAUCAGAAGAGUAAUCAAUAAGCACAACCUCAGAGUUUUUUUUUUUAAACAUCAUACACACACUAUAUAGCAACCUUGCUUAUGUAAGGGAUCGAAUUCCAAAGAAUACCUAAUCUUAUUGUGUCUACAAAAUAAAAUGUUCCGAAUAUGAUGCAAUGUAUAUCGGACAAACACUGCUAGAAAUCAAAUUAACCAGAAUAAAUGAACACCGUAGGACAUAUUUUCGACCACCUCUGCAGAUCCAGUUGAACUAGAAAAGCUUGAAAAAUCAUAAGCCAUAGGUCUACAUGCUACGCUAUAGAAUCAAGCCACAAAAUUCACUUUGACAAUAUUGAAAUCAUCAUUCACAAAAAGCAAGUCAGAAAUCACAAAGGACGUCUCAUAUCAUCAGAAGCACUUCAUACCAAGUGGAAUCCAAAUUGUCUGUAUAGGAAUGAUGGAGUAAAACAGAAUUUGACCUGGAUACAACACAUCCCUCCCCAACCAUGAAGUGACAAAAUCAACACAAAUGUGGGAUAAGCAAUUUCAUUAUGUAAACACACGCUGCUUUUACAAUUUUACACACUUAUCAAAUCCAACAAUCUUCACUUGGUUUUGUUAUCUUUACCAACUGGCCAACUUGACAACGGAAAAAUCACUCCAUGCUGAGGAAUGAUGAUUAAGUUGUUAUAUGUAAGCUGACAGUUUGUAAAUUUUGGUCUAAUAAUACGUCAGUAAAAACAACAGUAUCGUUUUGAUUAUCAUUCACAUUGGGAAAUACGAAUAGAACCCGGAAAGUGCAACUCAAAUGACUAACAAAUAAGGCGGCGAAUAAUUCUCCUACACUUCAAAAGUAUGCAUGUUCGUGGAUUUAUAGGUAUGUUGUAUCGGUUGAUUUGACUACUACUGGUCAAUUGAUUUUUAAAUCGAUUUAAGAAUAGGAUAUUAAAUAACUGCAUAAAUUCUUUCAGUAAUUCACUGAUAUUAACUUUGUUUAUCAAUAAAAGAAGUUCAUAACCAGAUGAAGCUUCUUUUAUCAAGCGAUAGAGCAUAUCUAUAAAUCCCCGAACAUGCAUACUUUUGAAGUGUAGGAGAAUUAAUCGCCGCCUUAUUUGUUA